AUGGAAGACUAUGGAUUCGCAAGCCGUCCCAUCGCCAACCCGGCCGCGGUUGUGUCUGGGGAAACAUACAGGCUGACCAUCCUCGCCGACGGCCUCUUACGGUACGAAUGGAGUGCCGAUGGACACUUCGAAGACAGAGCGUCAACCUUUGCCAUCAACAGAGACCUCCCUGUCCCAGAGUUCACCGUUGACGACUCGGACAUGCUCGAGAUCGAGACAGCGCGGUUCCGGCUCACCUACGACAAACAACGGCCGAGCCCUGGCGGACUCAUCGUGGACCUCAAGGGCAAGUUCUCCGAGGGGGAGACGGUGUGGCGCUAUGGAGACUUCAACUCGUCUCUAGGUGGGACGGCUCGAACGCUGGACAACAUCGACGGACGCAUAUCACUUGGUCCUGGUGUCAUCUCCAAGCUCGGCUUCGCCGCCAUCGACGACAGCGGAUCCAUGGUCUUUGACGCCGAAGGCUGGGGAGCCAGCCGCCGACCUGGGGAUCGCAUCGACGGCUAUCUCUUUGCGUACGCAAGGGACUACAAGGCCGCCAUCAAAGCCCUCUAUGCUAUCUCAGGGCGCCAGCCACUGCUGCCGCGCUGGACACUUGGGAACUGGUGGAGCCGAUUCCAUCGCUACUCGGCCGACGAAUAUAUCGCCCUGAUGGAUAAGUUCACCGAGGAGGGGAUACCACUGUCUGUUGCCGUGCUUGACAUGGACUGGCAUCUCGUCGACGACGAGCGCGUCACUACCAGCGAGUGGACGGGCUACUCUUGGAAUCGGAAGCUUUUCCCGGACCCAAGGGCUUUUAAGAAAGAACUGCAGCAGAGACGUCUCAAGCUUACGCUGAACGACCACCCGGCCGACGGGAUACAUGCGUUCGAGGAUCAGUACAAUGCCAUGGCCGCGGCGCUAGGACACGACACUCAGCGCCAGCGGCCGAUCCCGUUCAACCCUGGGAGCCCGGAGUACAUGAAGGCGUACCUUGGGAUUCUCCACCGGGGCCUCGAAGACGACGGCUGCGACUUCUGGUGGAUCGACUGGCAGCAAGGCGAGCACUCUCGCACUGGGAUUGACCCGCUCUGGCUACUAAACCACUACCACUUCCUCGAUAGUGCACACGACGGCCGCCAGCCGCUGAUCUUCUCGCGGUACGCCGGCCCCGGCAGCCAUCGGUACCCCAUUGGAUUUUCAGGCGAUACCGUCGUAUCUUGGGCGUCUCUCGACUUCCAGCCCGAAUUCACGGCCACGGCGUCGAAUAUCGGCUACGGCUGGUGGAGCCACGACAUCGGUGGCCACAUGUUCGGCUCGCGGGACGACGAGCUCGUCACUCGCUGGGUGCAGCUGGGUGUCUUCUCGCCCGUGAUGCGGCUGCACUCGUCCAACAGUCGGUGGCAGUCCAAGGAGCCGUGGUACUACCGCGUCGAGGCGCGGCUCGUCAUGACCAAGUUUCUCCAGCUGCGGCACCGUAUGAUCCCGUACCUGCACACCAUGAAUGUCAGGGCUGCCAGUGAAGACGAGCCGCUGGUCCAGCCGAUGUACUGGAAGUAUCCCGCUCUCAAGGAGGCGUACAAACUGCCCAACCAGUAUACCUUUGGGUCGGAGCUGAUGGUCUGUCCUGUGACGAAGCCGCGGGAUUCUUCAACCAACCUCGCCAGCGUCCGCGUAUGGUUUCCUCCGGGAGCAGCCCGAUACGUCGAUAUCUUCACUGGACUGGUGUACGAUGGCGGCCGCGAGCUGGAGAUAUUCCGGCCGCUGGGCGAGAUGCCCGUCUUCGCUGCCGAGGGCUCCAUCAUUCCUCUUGAUGCUGCGGCGGUCCCGGAGAAUGGCGGGCACAACCCAAGCGCGCUUGAAGUCACCGUUGUCGUCGGUAAGAGCGGACGGUUCGAGGUUGUCGAGAACCCGGGAGACGAUGUAGAUGCUUCUGAGUCAGCGUCUAGAGGUGUUGGCGAGCGUCGCUUCACCAUCCAGUGGGAUCAGGAGGAGGCGAGGCUGACGGCCACGUCCACGUCGAGCAGCGACAAGGCGUGGACCUUCCGCUUCUUCCGCCUGGCUGAGAACGUGACACCAAGCGAGGUUUCUGUCUCGAUCGACGGCAAGGCGAUCAGUGGGGCGUCUGUGACUAUCACCAGACACGCAGAGCCGGACAUGUUUGGGUUGGACAUCUCGGUCCCUGCGCUCACAAUAUCGCGAGGGAAGACGGGUCUUGACAUCACGGUGCAGUUCUUACGCCAAGAUCCUCAGCUGGCUGUGUUUGAUAUUGAGCCGCGCAUCAACCAGCUACUCUUGGAUUAUCAGACCGACUUCGGUACCAAGGACGCCAUCUGGAGAAUCGCCGUCGAGAAGGAGGCCAGCCUUGCGUCGCGGGUUGGCGAGCUUGUUAGUCUCGGCGCAGGUCAAAAAAUCAUUGGUCCUAUCCUAGAGUUAUUGGUGGCGGAUUCUAGAAUGUAG